AUGGCGUCAAAAGCAUUGCCUUCACGUGGAGGCCCUGACGGCAAGGCCGUCGCGACUGGUCCUCCAAACCAAACUCUCUACUGCACUAACCUGCCUGAUAAGCUCCGCAAGCAUGAUCUCCGAUCGUCACUCUACACCCUCUUCUCUACCUACGGCACUGUCCUUGACGUUGUAGCCUUGAAGACCCCGAAAAUGCGAGGCCAGGCCCAUGUUGUUUUCAAGGAUAUUCAGGCUAGUACACAGGCACUGCGGUCUUUGCAGGGAUUUGACUUUUUCGGGAAACAAAUGAAAAUCGUCUAUGCCAAAGGCCCAUCACAUGUCAUUGCUAAGCUUCGCGGCACCUUUGUCGGAGUUACUACUGGGCCAGCCCCAGUUUCGACCGACCUGCAGAAGUCUAUCUUCGGUGGGCCACCCGGUGCGCUCCCUCAGCGACCCCCGACCGAUGCCAAUGGCGAGGGACAGGGAGUGAAGCGAGCGCGUGAGGAGGAAAGUGAUGAGGAAGCCCCAAUGGAUGAAGACAGCGAUGUGCCCAUGGAAGCUUCCUCGGACGAGGACUAA